AACAGAUCAGUGGACAGAGCUGCAGCACUACAAUGGAUAAUCCAGGAAGAAGGACAGAUGAUAGGCAGAAAACAACAUUUAUACCAGAGUUUUCUCAAGUUUUCUUCAACACUGAUAGACGUUUUCGCUCUCGCUACGAAAUCUUCAGACGAGGUGGAGAAGGAUCUGAUCGACUGGUUAUACUGUGUCUGGGUCUGUUGAACGCUAUUUUGCUGAUAGCUGCUGUUGCUAUUGGCAUUAACUGUGCCAAAGUCAAAGAGGGUUCCCUCCAGGUUACCCACUCAGCUGCAACAAAGCUCAUCAAUGAGCUAAACUAUCUCCGUAGUAACCACAGCGAUGUGAUCAAAGCCGAAGAGGAGGCCAAGAAUGCGUUAGAAAGAGCGAUUCAAAACCAUGCAGAGUUAAAGGUGAAAAUAGAGCAGCACAAGACCAUCAAUGAUGAAUAUCAUAGAAAGAUUGAGGCGCUGCAAACAGAGAAGACAAUUCUGCAGUCCAAUAUAUCGGCUCUGGAGGGAACUUGUGGCAGAUGUCUCUCCACGUGGAUUCUUCUUAACUCAUCCUGCUAUUUCUUUUCUUACACUGAGUCCUCUACUGUCAAAAAGAACUGGCCAAAUAGCAGAGCAGACUGUAUUAGUCGUGGAGCCGACCUGAUUGUGAUCGAUAACCAGGAGGAACAGAAAUUUGUGAGUGACAGCAUUGAAAAUAUGAGAAGUGGCCGCGACGUCUGGCAAAGCGGAUUCUGGAUUGGUCUUACUGACACAGAGACAGAAGGGACAUGGGUCUGGAUUAAUAAUGUCACAGAGGUGGAACAAAGGUACUGGAUGGAUGGAGAACCAAACAACGUUGGACACCUGGGAGAAGACUGUGGGAUUGCAGUUUAUAGCUCUGAUAAUCCCUGGAAGACCCGUUUUGAUGCCAAUUGUCACCAGAGAGAAAGGCACUGGAUAUGUGAAAUGACAUCAAUCUAUGUCUACGCCCAGUAUGACAUCUUGGAGACCUACCAGACUGGCUGCGACAACAAUCUCAAAGAUACCCACCUCAAACUUGAUGAUACAGAACGCAUCAGCAAUGAGAUGAUCAAACUCCAGGAUAAUUACAAAGCCGCAAUCAAAAACAUGACGGGUUACAAGAAGCAGCUGGACAAUGAUGGCUGCAGACACUGUCCACCAGGAUGGAUUUUGAUGAACUCGUUGUGUUACUACUUCUCUUUCUCUGACUAUGCUGGACUCAAAACAUGGCAAAAAGCCAGAGAUUUCUGCCAGAUGCAUGGAGGUGACCUUGCAGUCAUAGACACCAAAGACAAAGAGCAAAUAAUCUCUUCUGGACAAACACACCAGGCUGCUCUCAUUAUCACGGUCAAAAUGGAGGGUUUUGAAAAUUCAGAUCGGACUUUUGAUGGUAGGCCGACAUAUAAAGCACUGAUCAGUCAAGAGGACUUAAGUGGAGACGAGCACCAUCUUUACCCAAACCAAGAGAAACAACAAGUGUCCAUGUCCAUGGUGAGACCUGGAUCCAGUUUGAAUCAUUACAAAGUGCUCACAGUAAGCCUGGCCGUACUCGCUACCAUUCUUCUAGCAGUUGAUAUUGGCAUGGGAAUCUAUUAUAGCAAACUUACUGUUGGGCAGAACGCAGUAACGGACAUAAGCAGUGAGAUGGCCAAAUUGCAGGCUAUUUACAACACUGCAAUCCAACGCAGGGAUGAAAUCAAGAAUCAGUUGGCAAGAGAGAUCAGUGGGCAGCAACUAACCAAGUGGGAGCUUGAACACCAGAAGAGAAGAAGCAAAGACUACGAAAAGCGGAUUGACAAAAUUCGAAUGGAAAUUGCAGCAUUGAAAUCCCACAUGCCGAUGAUGAAGGAGGGCUGCAGACACUGUCUACCAGGAUGGACUUACAUGAACUCAGUGUGUUACUUCUUCGCUUUCUCUGAUGCUCUUUCGCGCAGAUCAUGGCAGGAAGCCAGACAGUUCUGCAUGAGACAAGGAGGCGACAUAGCAGUGAUAGACAGCAGAGAGAAACAUCUGGCAAUAAGUGACUUGAUAAAUAAUUAUCAAGACCCCUCGAGACCCACAGUCUACAGUGGCUUCUGGAUCGGAUUGAGAGAUGUGGAGGAGGAGGGGACUUGGAAAUGGCUGGAUGGAACAAGACUGAAUGAGGGGUACUGGAAUGAUGGAGAACCCAACAACCAGGGCAACGAAGACUGUGCAGCUACGUAUCCUAAAAUCAACCCCUUUAAGGCCUGGAAUGAUGCUCCAUGCAAUCAUGAACUGAAAUGGAUUUGUGAAAUCACACCAAGGUCUGCAAGUUAAUAUGAUUUCUUAAAAUAUACUAUUUAGUUUUCAUUUAAUUGUUUGGUGGAAGAACUCCGCUUUUGGGACU